AUGUCACCUCCAUCCGUCAAGUUCAUCAACCGAGGAGCAAUUCUCCAAGAAUUCAGAGUUGGUCCCGAAGACCGCAACAUUGUUCUCGGCUUCAACACUGCUGCUGAAUACCGUAACAACCCUGCUCACUUCGGUGCAACAAUCGGGCGUGUAGCGAACCGCUUGAAGAAUGCAGAGCUUUCAUCUUUGAACGGAACUGUCUGGCCGCUUACGGCAAAUGAUGGACCGAAUACGCUUCAUGGUGGACCUGUAGGAUGGGGAUUGAAGGAUUGGACCGGCCCCGGGCUUACAAGUAAAGGAGUAGAUAGGGAAACAGUGGUGUAUAAAUAUAUUAGUCCCCACAUGGACGAGAAUUUCCCAGGCACAGUUGAGGUGGAAGUGGCCUACACUGCAUAUGAAGAGCCAAGUGCAGAGGAAGGAAUUAAAAUCACAGUUCUGGAGAUGGAUUAUGAGGCCAAACUAGUCGGGGAUGAGGUUGAGGAAACGGCUAUCAAUAUGACAAAUCACAGCUACUUCAACCUUAGUGGCAGCGAAACUAUCGCUGACACCCGUGCUAUCCUGACAACCACUGAUCACCUGCCCCUCGAUUCAACCGGAAUACCAGUUUCCACAGCAAUCGCACCCUACCCAGGACUUACUGCGAAUCAAGCUUUCACCCUCGGUCCCACAGAACCCGAUGUUGAUGACUGCUUCAUCCUCAACACUGAUCCCUCUUCGAUUCCUACAGACACACGCUCCCAACCGCUUAAAACAUGUGCACGUUUCUACCACCCCACAUCAAAGAUACACCUUGAUGUUCUUUCUACGGACCCUGCAUUCCAGUUCUACACCGGAAAAUACAUUGAUGUUGAGGCCAGGGAGGAUGGGUCUCCGGCGAGGGUUUCAAGGGCAGGAUUUUGUGUAGAGCCAAGCAGAUACGUCAAUGCUGCAAACGUGGAGGAAUGGAAGGGUAUGACGGUCAUCAAGAAGGGCCAGGUUUAUGGCAGCAAGAUUGUUUACAGGGCUUGGCAUGGUGGAAAAGUGGAAUUUUAA